AUGGACCCUUUAUCGAUAGCGACAGGUUGCGCCACUCUCAUUUCAACCAUAGGGUCGCUCUCACUGUCCAUCAACUCCUUUGUUCGAACUUGUCGCGAGUCUCGGGGUGAUCUGGACAGGGUGGCCCGUGAGCUGCUCUCUCUACAAACAGUCCUUGAACUUAUCCAUGAAGACGUGACUGAUGAGAGCAAGGCCUUUCCUACGACUCUCGAACACCAUGUCUCGGGUAUCAUCAUGAAUUGUAAUUCCGUGGUCGUAGAGCUACAAGAGUGUAUCACGAAAUAUAGCGUCGAUAGUCGACUCAAAACCAAGGCUGGUUGGGCCAUCAAUGGACAAGGAGAUGUCGCAAAAUUGCGUUCGAACCUUGAGGCUCACAAGGCGGCAUUGGAGUUAGCUCUGGAUAUGUUGUCGCUGCACAUUACCAAAGAGAUCAAAAACGACACAUCGGAGAUUCGGAAUGAGACAUCAGCGAUAAAGGAUGAUACGGCGCAAAUUCUGGAAGAAAUACUUCGCCUUCAGAAACGAUUACCGAAGCAAGGAGGGAACGACUAUAUCCUUCAAACCUUUCUUGAGGAGAUGACGACAUAUACUGAGAAGGCCUUGGACGGCGCAUCUAUCGACGAAGGGGAUUCUAGCACAAAAGCGGCGUCUUUUGUCCUUGAGACAGAUGAAGGGAGCCAGAGGCCAUCCGAUCCCGCUUAUCUCUCUGAUUGGGAGUUGGAUUCUGCAGCAAGUGACCCAGCAUCAUACAAAUUAAAGAAGAGAAGAUGGGAAAAACAACAGCAUGAGGAAAGGUUGGCUGAAGCAAAACUGAAAGAUGCCCAACGAUCGCUCCAGUCUCCACAGCAACAACCGAUCGCUUUCCGUCAUUCAGGUCACUGGGAACCGUCCGAGGAAGAUGAUGACCUAGGUCCAGUACCGCCUAAGGAUGCUAACAUUGAAGAAUGGAAGAGGUCUUCGGUUGAGAGUGAGAAUGAAUGGUGGGAGAAAAAGAACAAAGAACGGCAAGAUCGCAAAAGCCAGCUAUAUUCGGGUGGAGAUCAUCAUUUGAUCACCUCAGCCCAUCUUACAUCUUCACGAGAACAUUCACAAGGAACGACUGAAACACAUGAUUCGCAUGGUGCGAGAGUUCCUGGGAAGAAGAAAUCUCAGAGCAGCCCAGCAGAAGCCAGUGACGUCGCCCGGAAACGAUAUUUUAAACCAGAUCCUGCAAAUCAUGACAGUGAUAAUGAGUACUCUCACGAUUACGAGAAAGAAGAAUCUGAGGUAGCCAACUAUCUCUCAAGAAAAGCAACAAAGGCAGAACGCAUUCCUCUCUCCGCAUCUGCCGUGGUGUCAUCAACACCAGACUUCCACUACUUAGAGGUCGAAACCUUCCAUGGCAGAUUAUUGAUCAACUGGCCCAUGCCAACGUCAGUCACGGAUCUCUUGUCUGAAGAUUACUACAUCGAGUCCUCCUGUAAUAGCUUCACGGCGUUGACGUGUUUAGCACAGGAUUUUCGUUUUCAGAAGGAUACUCUACGACCCAGGCGGUUCCUGAAGCCCAGAGACAUCAAACUUGUCUUCUACAUCCCCGUGACUACUGAAACUACUUCUUCUUGUUUUAAGCGCCAGUGGGAAUUCAUCACUACUGCAGUCACUGGAUUGACACGGCGUCUAGAACUGGGUGGUGAUGUCCCGCCGCCAUGGCACAACAUCAUCAUCGUCGUCGAGGGACCCCCACGAUGGGACGGAAUUGAUCCUGAGAUUGAGAUUAUCCUCACAGAACUUGGUAUACUUUAUAAGACAGAAAGCCUAGUAAGCAAAGUCGAUGGCGUUCCACUGGAUCCGCCUUAUCAUAAAGAUCAUUGCAAGGUCUCUGGCAAAAUGAUACAUGGGACGAUACACGAGUAUACAGUACAGCCAACAAUCCGCCCCCAACACGCCUGUACCAAGAAUAUCAUGGGUACUGAACCGCUCCAGGUGAUUGCAGUGGCUCCGCAAUUGUCUCUAACAGACUGGGCAUCUCAUAAACCAGCCCUUUCAGCCAACUGGGCAGCAGCUGUUUGUGAGGUCUUGAGGCCAGAGUUCAUAAUGUCUUUGCCAGAACGUCAGAUCAGAGCGAUACCGUCCCCUGGGGAGUUUCUCAAGGGCGUCUGGACCUGUGAAACACGGUUCAGGAUGUCAAAACACAAGCAAAUCAACCAAUGCGUCUUAACCUCUCCAGAUCAGUUCCAAGCGGAUCGUAAGAAGAUGGUCACACAGGCAGAAGGAGCUCGAGGGUUUGCCAGAAGGCUCUUUGGAAAGUCUUGA